AUGAACUCAAAUGCUGAGGAAUUAUACCUAAGUGUUUCCGAAGAGAAGGAUCUCUACAAUUACAGCGAGUGGGUUGCCAUCCUCCUCUAGGAUUAUGAACCCUAUCGAUAUCAAGACAAAUACGAUAAAUUGGUCAAUCAAUAUCAGAAGGAUGUCCUCUUUCAAUAGAUGAUUUGGAUCGUACUCAAACUAGACAAAAACAAGAACACCUUCGAUGAUCUCAUUGCUGCUGCCAUACCUGGAGCCAAAACCAAAGGCUACGAAGCACCCAUCGAGAGAUUCCCAAAAUAAUAGCUCAUAGUCUCCAAGAAGAUUCUUAAACUCAAGAGAAAAUUGUAGAACUACAAUGUUCAAUUUGAUUUUGAAGAUGAGUACCCCUUGCCUGCAUUUAGUAAAGGUCUUGUAUUUAAAUUUGAGCCAAAUACAAUUUUAGAGCUCAUUUUAUAAUGA